GGUUAGGUUAUGUUAUCAGUUGUCAAACUUGUCAAAACGCUAUUAUUGAUUGAUUAUUUACAAUUUUGCAUUCACAAAUAAUGUGGAUUUUAACUCAGAUGUAUUGAAAUAAGCAUAAAGCAUGUUACUAGAAGUAACAAAAAUGGAUAUAUUUGAAUGAAAUGUGGUACUGGAGCCCCUAAAAAUGGGUGCACCCGUGUUACUGUACAUGUACGACCUGUCAGAUGGCUGGUGCCGGAAUUUGGGGCCUUUGUGCCCCGUCAACGCUGUUUGGCACACCAGUAUUGUUUUGUAUGGCAAUGAAUAUGUUUUUGGUAGUACCGGUAUUAUAUUUCACAAGCCCGGAAAGCCUGACAAAAUUAUUGAACUUGGUGAAACAGAUAUAGCCCCGUUUGAUUUUAAAAUUUAUGUCAAAGAAUUGAAAUAUACGGAAUGGACUGGGACUUCAUAUGACCCUUUCAAGCACAACUGCAACCAUUUUACCGAUCACAUUGCCAGGUUUUUAGGCGUGGGGCCAAUUCCUGAGUGUGUUUUUACCUCAGUUGACAAGCUACGCGAGUCACCUUUCUAUUCGAAGAUCGUAGAUUGGGUCACAAAAAAUGGGCAAAACCAACAGAAAUAAACAGUUUUAAUAAUUAUUGCUUCCAAAAUACCGAAGGAUUAUUCAAAAUAAAUUUUACUAUUUAUUCAU